AAAUAGGACAGCAGUGCAGCAGUAGCAGCAGCAACAGCAGUAGUUCAGUAAAAUGACCACCACUAGCAUGAACAUGGGAAGGGUCAUCUUCUACGAGGACAGGAACUUCCAGGGUCGCUCCUAUGAGUGCAUGAGCGACUGCCCUGACAUGUCCUCCUACCUGAGCCGCUGCCACUCCUGCAGAGUGGAAAGUGGCUGCUUCAUGAUCUAUGACCGCCCCAACUACAUGGGAAACCAGUACUUCAUGAGGAGGGGAGAGUACUCUGACUAUCAGCGCAUGAUAGGAAUGACUGAUGGUGUUAGGUCUUGCCGCAUGAUCCCCAUGCACAGAGGCUCAUUCAGGAUGAGGAUCUACGAGAGGGAGAACUUCGGAGGCCAGAUGCACGAGCUGAUGGACGACUGUGACUCCAUCAUGGAUCGUCACCGCAUGUCUGACUGCCAGUCCUGCAACGUCAUGGAGGGCCACUGGCUGAUGUACGAGCAGCCUCACUACAGAGGCAGGAUGAUGUACAUGAGGCCUGGAGAGUACAGGAGCUUCAGAGAGAUGGGCAUGAGCAAUAUGAGGUUCAUGAGCAUGAGACGUAUCAUGGAUAUGUGCUAGAUAUCUUUGUUUGAAAAUAAAAAUGUGAUUGACAAUAUAAAAGGUU